CAGUCAGUCAGUCCCUCCUCCCUCUCCUGUGGGUGGGGUUUCCGUUUCCGGCCGGUGCUGUCCCCAAGGCAGCGGCUGUGGUGUUUCUCGGCGGCGGCGCCUCAGCGGGGAGCGAGGCCUGACUGCCGCCCCCGACUCGGCCAUGGCGCGGAGCUCGCUCUCCUCGCGCUUCCGCCGCCUUGACAUCGACCAGUUCGACGAGAACCGCUUCGUGGAGGAGCCCGACGGCGCUGACGCGGGAAGCGGGGCCGGCGCGGCGGAGACCGAGGGAGGGGCCAGCCCGGAGGUGGAGGCGGCGCUGCGGCAAGGCGACAUGCUCCGAGCAUUCCAUGCAGCUUUACAGAAUUCUCCAGUCAACACAAAGAACCAGGUAGCAAAGGAGCGGGCACAGGAAGUGGUGUUGAAGGUUCUGACCUCUUUUAGAGGCAGCGAGAUUGAGCAGGCGGUGAACUCCUUAGACAGCAAUGGCAUUGACUUAUUAAUGAAGUACAUUUAUAAAGGAUUUGAAAAGCCAACAGAAAACAGCAGUGCAAUACUUCUCCAGUGGCACGAAAAGGCAUUAGCAGUAGGUGGACUAGGCUCGAUAGUCAGAGUCCUGACUGCACGAAAGACUGUUUAAAAGACUUAAGUUCAUUUGAACUGAGACACCAAGAACUCCUUUGGAGUCCGGAGGAGGAACUUGCUAUGCUGACACUUCGGCCCACCCUUCUGGGAACCACAAUCUACUGAAAUACUGUAUGUGUGUGCUGGAGGGUGUGUGUCUCCUUCCUCCUGGAACAGCGUCCUUUUAACCGUAGAGGUGGUGGUGGGGUGGGACAGGUUUUGUGUUCAUGUUUUCCGACUAUCAAGUGCAGGAGUUUUUUGGGGGGGGGGCAGGGCGGCACUUGUGCAUUUGCCUCCAGAACAGCCUCUGCUCUGGCCAAGUAAGUGUGGGUGAUUGAAACUUUAAUUUAAAUUUAACGAUUUUUUUGGGGGGGGGAGUGUUUUUGCGCCAGGGGUUAGUUGUGACGUCAGAUGCAAAACAAGGAGCCUGGUUUUGGGGUUGGAAAAGGUUUUUUUCUUAUGCAAGAGAGCUUUUUGUACAUAGUUACGAAUAGGUGGGCAAUGUAUGGAGUUGGUUUCAUGUAAAGUGCCUGCUGCUCUUUCAAAAUAAAGUUCUUGGAUGGCUAGAA